AUGUCAGGAAGUAAGGAAAGGAAGAGUGAAGGAGUUCCUAAAGAAGAUAACACAUCAUCAUUAACUGAAGUUGUAGAGCAAGUUGCAAAACAACAACAAUCAUAAACAUCAGAAAUAGAAAGAAACAGAAACAUUCUGUUUCAUUUGCAGAAUGAAUGAACUCAUGAGCUUAAAACACAAAUAGCAGCUGUCUCUGCAGAAACUAAAGUAAUGGAGAGGCAAAUUUAUCAGGAGGAUGCUGCCAUAGAGAAUUCCAGACUUCAAUGUGGAAACCCAGAAUCUCAAAACAAGUCCUUAUAUACAGACAAUGUGAAGCUUAAGUUUGAUAUCAAAAUCUCCCAAGAAGAUUUUCAGGAGCACAUGAUAAAAUAUAAGAUUUAUCAUGCAAAAAUAAAAGCACAUAAAGAUAGUUUGGGGGAGAUAGAAAGCCAAUGGUCAUUUAUGACUGAACUCUGUGCAAAACAAGAUCUAGUUAAAAAACUAAAGACAAUGAAAGAGGAACUUACGCAAGAUCUCCAAAAUCCAGGAGGGAACCAAAUGACACAAGUACAUGAAGAUAUUUCAAAGCUAAAGAAUGAAAUUAUAUUUGUAAAGGAAUCAUUAAAAAUGUGUUUUCUUGAAGAAGAAAAGAGGAGACAUGAAAAAUAAACAAAAGAAAUAGAGGUAUAUCGACAUAAAAGAUAUGAUGCAAUUCUUAAGCUUUUACAUUGUCAGUUGAACAAGGUUCAGUCAAAUAGAAGAUAAUGGCGAUGGAACAUUCAACAGCUGGAAAAAACUGCAGCUGAACUAAGAAAAUGUGUUUGAAAAAAAGAGUGACAUUGCCAUCGGGCAAUGUGGAACACAGACCAUGACAACAAAACUUUGGGGACAGAAUUUUAAGAAAAUCCUUUGGUUGCUUAACAACCAGCAUCCACUGGCAGAGGCCUGUCUUAAUGACAGAUAUAUUUUAUUGUUUUUGAAUCAGUUAUCUGUUGUUUAAAGUACUUUCCAACCUUAUAACAGGUGGCACUAGAUAAAAGCAAUGCUUACAAGAAAACAGUGGAAGAACCUGUGUGAACAUUUCAAGUGUGUAUAAUACAUUAUGCUUAC